AUGUCACCAGACGUCGCCGAUGACGAUGCCGGCCAGUCUUCGACCCAAGACUGGCAGGAUAACGAUGCCCCAUCGCCAUCAGCCAGCAUCAAGUCCGAUAACGAGGGUGAUGAGGAUGCACCCAACGCGCCAUCCCAGCCCAUCCAAAAGCGACGACGAGUAACGCGCGCUUGCGACGAAUGCCGCCGAAAAAAGAUCAAGUGCGAUGGCAAACAACCUUGCACACACUGCUCCGUCUAUAGUUAUGAAUGUACAUACGACAAACCCUCGAACAGAAGAAGGAAUCCGGCACCACAGUAUAUCGAGGCUCUGGAAAGCCGUCUGCAACGCGCAGAGUCACUAUUACACAAAUUCAUGCCAGAUGUCGACCUGGCCGAUCCCAAUCUUGACCCAGCCAUUCAACAAGAAUUCCGCAAUCGAGAAAAUGCACGCGCCCAAGCCGCCAAGGCUCGACAGACCCAGCCGCCCCAGCCCGACCCGAAUGACGCUCACCUCACUUCCAUGAUCGACUCGGUUGGCCAGCUUGAUCUUGACGAAAAGGGCAGCUGGGAUUUCCACGGUAUCUCUUCCGGCGCCGUCUUCUUGAAACGCAUGAAGGAGCAUUUUAGGGGAAUGCUUGGUCCUACAGGAAAACAACCCUUCUUACCACGCGCCGAACGACCUCCAGGCCUCGAGUCACCAUCUCUCUCCUCUGUCGGAACGCCUUUUUCUGCCGUACCAAGUUAUCCCGAGCUACCACCUAAAGAUGUUGCCAGGAAAUUGUGUUACUAUUCCCUCAGCUGCGCGACCUGUCUCGUUCGAAUUGUUCACGUUCCCACUUUCUACGAUAAUAUGGAAAAGAUUUAUGACCGGCCGCUCGACAAUCUGACGAAAGAGGAAACGCAAUAUCUUGGACUGCUCUUUUCUGUCAUGGCCCUCGGCUGCAUGUACAACAAUCUUGACGACAACGACCCCGGAAGCAUGGCUUAUCGAGAAGCGACGGAAGAAGGUCUCAAAUACUACAAUGCGGCACGAUCCGUACUACAGGACCUCACGGAUUGCCGCGAUCUCAUCUCAUUACAAGCUCUCUUGUUCAUCAUUCUCUUUCUUCAAGCAACAUCAAACCUCAGCAGCUGCUACUCUUUCGUCGGUAUCGCACUCCGUUCAUCGCUGCGAAUUGGUCUGCAUCGACACUUGCAGCACGAAAAAAUCGACACCAUCGAGCAGGAAGUCCGCAAGCGCGUUUUCUACGUGAUUCGACAGAUGGACAUUUAUGUUUCAACACUACUUGGCUUUCCUCUCCUCCUCAAUGUCGACGAUAUCGACCAACCUUUCCCUACAGAGGUCGACGAUGAGUACAUUACAUCGACUGGAAUCCUGCAACCACCUCCUGGAUCCUCCUCUUUCUUCCAGGCUUUCAACGCUCAUUCAGAACUGAUGGAAAUUCUGUCCAAGGUCACAAAAUAUGUGUAUCCAACCAAAGGACUGGGUCAAAGUCUCUCCAAGGAUAACAAACCCGCUUCAACCUAUCUGAUCAGCUAUGGCCGGAUCAAGGAAAUCGAGGCCGACCUUCACUCAUGGUUCGAGAGGCUGCCUCAGCAUUGGCGACCAAGCGGUGAGGGUCCGAUAGAAACGGUCCGCAUCCGGCAUCUGCUCAGAUUUGCUUAUGCGCAUGUACAACUUGUGCUAUACCGACCAUUUCUACACUACGUGUCUCCUCGCCUGAGCCAAGGGAACAAGGUCGACGAACUGUCUUACGCUUGUGCAGCGGCCGCUAUCAGCGUGUCUCGGAAUAUCGUGCACAUUGGCCUGGAGAUUCGGAAACAGCGUGUGCUCAGCGGACCUUAUUGGUUCAUGCUGUACACCGAGUUCUUUGCCGUCCUCUCACUUGUGUUUUACGCCACAGAAAAUCCCGAGAAGCCUGGCUCUGGCGAGGUUCUGGCAGAUGCCCGUGCCGGAAGGCAGAUGAUUGCGGCCCUGGCAGAAAAGAGCAUGUCGGCAGAAAGAGUGACGAAUGCUCUCAAGGUCUUGUUUGACCAACUGCCUGAGCAAUUGGACGCUGGACGCGUGCGACCAGCUCCCUCCAAGAAGAGGUCGGCGCCCACUGGGCGACCAUCGUCUGUGUCGUCUCACCACACCCCGAUCCCUGCAAGCAUGUCGUCACUCGGAACGGCCGAUUUCACUCGCACCAGCCAGAUCUCGACCAGCUCGUAUCCAACCACACUCUCCCAGGGCACCAUGGAUCCCAUCGCGGGCGGGAACAUGCCAGGCUUCCAGGACACCGGAUUCUCGGCCAACUUUGGCGACUUUAUGCCGGUUGAUAUGCAGCGAGGCACGCCUGAAUCGACCAGCAGUACGGCGACAAGCACACAGCGAAACCCUUACACGGGACAGCCGCUCAGCAUCCAUAACCCCGUCAACAAGCUCGACUCGCUCAUGUUUCCAUCUGAGGAUCCUUUUGCGUACCCGAACCAGCCUAUGAUGGAACUCGGAUUCCCCAGCAAGACAGAACAGUCUUCCAGCAUGGGUGACCACAACCAGGACAUGCAGCUCUUCCUGACCGGGACGUUUGAUGACGUGGAGAGCCAAAUCUUUGGACAACCACCACCAUACAUGGUGCACCAACAGGCCCAACCCAUGAUGGGUAUGCCGGGUCAAAUAUACAACCCGUCAAGCGUGAUGGCCAUGCAGCAGGGUCAACCAAUGAUGCAACGCCGGCCGAUGUCGCAGACGCACGCAAUUCAUCAGGGGCAUUCGAUCUCAAACCGGAGAGCACACACACAACGCCACCAAGAAAGGCAAAUCCAGCAAAUGUUUACGGAGCAGGGAAUGCAGGCGGACUGGGGAGGUUUCUUUGGUUCUGGAAGAGGAGGAUUUCAAGGAAUGUAA